UGUAUCAUGUAUAAUACACGAGUCUUAAAUCACAUUUAUGAUAUGGAGGCACGAGUCUUAAAACACAUUUAAUUAGAGGCACGAGACUUGAAACACAUUUCUCUUGAGGAAAGAGUCUUAAAUCACAUUUAUCUCGAGACAUGAGUCUUAAAUUACAUUUAUGAUGUGGUUGCACGAGUCUGUAGUCGUAUUUACUUUGGGGUAGGAGUCUUAAAACAUAUUUAUAUGGAAGCACGAGCCUUACAAACACUUAAGUCAGUAAAAUUCAAAAUCUUAUUUUCAGCCAUGGCGACGUCCUUCCUGACCUUGUUGUCUAUUGUGCUUGGAACUGUUCUCGGCGCUCCGGACAAUCGUGGGACGGAGUUUGUGAUUGGUUUUACGGCCAACUACGCCCUGUAUAACCAGCCUGAACUGUACAUCACAACUUCCAAAACUACUGUAGUCAACGUACACGUAUCAGCGCCAAGAUAUACGUCAGUAGGUCUUGAUGACAGGUUUACCGUCACAGCAGGCGAGGUACAUAAAAUUGAGAUCGACAAUGCCAUCAGGGCUGCUGGUACAGAACUCAGCUCCAAGGGGAUUCUUAUAACAGCCGAUAAUGAAGUUGUGGUUUACGGAACCAAUUUAGAGACCUACUCAAAUGACGCCUACCUCGGUUUCCCUACUGACGUUCUGGGCAUGGAGUACUACACAGUGUCACAUCAUCCUACAACCAAAGAGUGCGAGUUUAUGGUCGUCGGUGUGGAGGACGGAACCUCGGUCACUGUAAGACUCGGGAGUCACUCUUCCAUUGAGGUGUAUUACGCUGGUAGAUGGUAUUAUAAAGACGAAACAAUUCAGCUCACAAUGAACCGACUGGACACUUUCCAGGUUCAAACUUACGGUGACUUGACGGCAUCAUACAUUACUUCCGACAAAAAGAUAACGGUUUUCUCCGGAAACAGACGUACCAGUGUCAAGCCAGGUACCACACGUGACACCUUGGUAGACCAGCUGAUGCCCGUUGACACAUGGGGAAAGAAAUUUGCCAUAGUUCCGACUCCUCAACGAACCACUGGUGAUAACAUCCGGUUUAUUGCUUCCGAAGACGAUACGAAAGUGAAAGUCGAAUGUAGCGGGGGAUGGGAUACAGAUUUCACUAUACAUAAACGUGGGUUCAAAGAGGAAGUGACUCCUAGCGACGAAGUGUGUUAUGUUGAAUCCUCGAAGGCUAUCAUGGUUAUCUUAAUUGUGAUCAGUCAAGUCUAUUCCAACGAACCAGCGGAUCCGGCCCUGAUAACAAUUCCACCAAUAGAACAAUACGCUGCUGAUUAUACUUUCUCAACACCGAAAUACUCAUACGGGGAAUACAAUAACUAUGUAAUGUUCAUUGUGAAGAAAUCAGAGAAAAAUGGUCUUAGGUUAGACGGAAAUAGAUUGCCAUCCAGAACUGCUUACACUGAUAUUCCUAACACAGACUAUACAGGAGGAUACAUUUCUAUUGAUCCGGGUACCCAUACAGUUCGUCACGAUUCUCCAAUUUCCAUCUUUGGUUGCUUCAUGUAUGGAGCGAAUACAUACGAGACUUACGGAACUCCUCUUGGCCUGAGAAUGUCGCCGAUCAACAGGGUAUGCAUUCCGACGACGACUGUGGUUGGAGACGGUAUAGACAACGACUGUGACGGUCUUAUUGAUGAAGAACUGUGUACGACAGAAAAUCGAGGCAGAGAUGAUGACGGUGAUGGUGUUGCAGAGGAAGAUUGUUGCACGCCUCCGCCAAGUAAGUCACUCAAGUCAGUGUUUAAGUUUAACCCUUAGCCUGCUGGCGGCAAGUGAUUAUGCCUUUGCGACCAGUGCAGACCAAGAUCAGCCUGCUCAUAGUCUAAACUGUUCGCUAUUCAGUCAGUAAAUUUUAAGUGAACAUCCCUUCGUAUAAUAAAUGGUAUUGCCCAAAUUGAAUGAUGGU